CUGCCGAAGUUGGCAGCGCGUGCAAGUCGUGUUAUUAUAACGUCGUGUCGAGUCGCAUCGACUCCGAUUUUUUUUUCCGAUGAGAGAUCCGAGUUACACAGAUCAUUCGGAAUAUAUCGUGUGUUGCGUGAUAGCGCUCAAAAAGAUUCGCCCGUACCGUAAAACGCGAUUUUCCGUACGCGUGGCGCAUCAAAUUGUGCAAGUUGCGUCGACUGUUCGAAACUCGCCGCGCGUCGCGUGAUAGCGUUAAAAUAGGAUCGUACAUCGACCUAUACUUGUACCUGUUACACGCAUUGUUUCGUUAUCGCGCGACCAGUAGACUCGUGUAUACAUUAUUCGUGUGAGACCACCCGGUGGACGCGCCGCGUGCCCUUACAGUGUGUGUCGGUUAGCGCGGGAUAAUGUGACGCCGUGCGCCAAGUUCAGAACGGUGCGGGUUGAAACGCGUUCGGAGUCGGGAGUGUCGGUUUCGAAAAAAAGUUUUCGAGUAUCGCGGUGUGUCACGGCAGUGCGUGUGACGGCGUCCUCUGUGUAACGCAGGAGAGGAGCGCAGCGGCAGGAGAAGCACAAGGAAAGAAAGGGAAGGAGCAAAAGUGCCGACGGGAAGGAAGGAAGGAAGGACGUGAAGUUGUCGCUACGAUUGGCGGAUACAAGUGAACAGCCGAGGCCACAAACAGCGUCUACUUGUGAGAUUUAGCAACACCAGCAAAGAACGACAGCUCCGCUGCUGCGCAUCGUGCUGCGAUAUCGCUGGAAGCUGCGAGGUAUUCCGAAAGUUUGCUGUCCACUUCGAAGCACAGCCAGCACAAGGUGAAUAUUGGGCCAUGAUUGAACGGAGCUGUGAACAGGAUGCCGACCGCUGAGAGAUACCAUCGCAUCGUCCAUGUAGCCCAGGAGAAAUUAUCCCAGUUCGACACGUAGCACCAUCCUAGGUCAAAGUGGCAUUCGGUGGAAUCGUACACGUUAGACUACCGUGAACUAGAGCGAACUCGGUAUGAUCAAAGUUAAGCUUAUACUUUGAAAGAAAAGAAUUUAGCAGAACGUUGAGAAAAAUAUAUGACAAAGAGAAGUGAAGUCGGUUCCAGAGGAAGAAUUUUGUUUAACAAUCUUCUUAACGACCGCACGAGAGAAAAGUACUUGGAAGAGAAAAGAUCAACGGAGAUUACUUUGAAAAAAUGGGAGAGGGAGAAAGAGGAUUCCUUGCGAUGGGACCGAGAACGGCGAGCCGGUGGCUGCUCUGUGCGGCGCUUAUGGUCGCCCUGUGUCAAGGCCAGGAGGACUGGGACGGGGGACACUGCCAACCUAUGUGUAAGUGCAAAUGGGUGUCCGGCAAGAAGACCGCCGAGUGCACUAAGCAAAACCUCACGGAGGUGCCGAAGAACCUUUCAUCUGAGAUUCAGUAUCUCGAUCUAACCGGCAAUCGCAUAACUCACCUGAUUUACAAGGCGUUCAACAACAGCAACGUCACGCUGGUGAAUCUGCAUAAACUGUCGCUGCGCGAGUGCGGCAUUGAAUCGAUUCACACGGGCGCCUUCAAAGAUCUAAAGAUCAUCAUCGAGAUCGAUCUGUCGAACAACAACAUUCGCACGCUUCAACCGGGCACCUUUCACGACACUCAGCGGCUACGAGUGCUGCUGCUCAACCAGAACAAGUUGAAGGAGCUGCAGAACGGUCUGUUCUUCAAUCUCACUUUUCUGCAAAAGGUGUCGUUGUCGGACAAUAUAUUAGAACGGAUCGGCGAGAGGGUGUUCCGCGAGCUGCCCGGCCUGCACUCCCUCGCGUUGAACGGAAACAACUUCACCACUCUGCAGCUGCACAGCUUCGAGAGUCUCCCGAAGCUCGGCAGCCUUGAGCUUCAGAAUAAUCCGUGGAAUUGCAAUUGCCAUCUGAAAAGAUUCCGCGACUGGACGAUCGAGCGCAAGUUGUACACGAAGCCGACCACUUGCCAGAAGCCGACUACCAUGGCCGGCAAGAUGUGGGACGAGGUGACCAGCGACGAGUUCGCGUGCAGACCAAAGAUCGUCGCCAUCGGGCCGGCGAGCAAAAUCGAGAUGGGCAAAGGCGACGUGACUCUCACGUGCAAAGCAUCGGGAAUUCCACGUCCUCAGCUGGCAUGGGGUCAUCGUGCCCGUCUCAUAAACAGCCUCACGAAGCGGCCGAACAGCGAUAGAGGCUACAUAUUGACGUCGGACCAAGAUUGGCUGAAUCUCACGAUUGUCGACUUGACGCCUUCCGAUAAGGGCGACUACGUCUGUCACGCGAAGAGCACCGGCGGCGAAUCCGAAAGAAACGUGACUCUGACCGUUGUGGGCGAUGCACUGGGCGGCAGGGACAAUUUCAUAAGCCUGCCGAUCGCCAUUGGUCUCGGCGUAUCCGCGCUGUGUCUGCUGAUUGUUACCGUUGCGCUUUGCGUGUGCUAUUGCCGGCGUCAUCGGACCAGGGAUGACGAGAAGGGCCUCGAGGCAGCGUCCCUCGAACACCAUGGCGAGCAGGAAAAGUCCCUGAUUACGACGAUCAAUCCGGUGGUGAAGCCGCCGAGGCGGUACGAGGCGCCGUCGGUGACGUCACACGGCACGGAGAUGACGGAGCUGAACCGCACGCUGCUCGACAACGACUCGGUCUUCGCUGACGGUGUCGUCGGGAGCGGUGUCGUCGGCGGAGUAGGCGGCAGCAUAGGCGACGACGAGAAGGAUCACGAACGGGCGACGCCAGAACUCGGCAGGGGCGGCAGCGGCACGCUGCCGCGUGGAACUACCGGUUACCAUCACCGGCAAUACCCGGAUCUGCUGGCCUUCUCCGGCGGGCGUGGCGCAUCGCCGACUAGCCAGGCGUCGACGGCGCCCGACAACACGCGUCUGCCUAAUCAACAUGCAUCAGCGAUGACGCCGGCGGCGACGUCAUUGUACGGCUCGCCGCCGUCGAGCCAGUUCCAUCCGGCCGCCUUCAAGACGCUGCCGCACAGCCGCAGCGCCACGCCGUACGGCCUCGGGCCGUCAUCGUCGUCGUCGCCGAUAGCGCCGGUGCUACCGCGUCACGGUUACGUGACGAUCCCACGACGACCGCGGGCGCCCAGUUGGAGCAGUGGACCUCCGACGUCGCCAACCGAGGUUCUCGAGCCGGUUUAUGACAAUCUAGGGCUGCGCACUACGGCGGACGGUAGCUCCAAGCUAUCGUUGAACAAGAGUCCGGAACCGGCGCUCUCUAUGCGUGGUCGGCCACUUCCAAGCACGCCGGGCACUUCGCACUACGGCACAAUCCAGCGUAGCACGCCGAACAUCCUAGCCGGCAGCCCGCUGGACCGAGCCGCGCCAGAAGGCGCGGCCGAGUGGCCAAUCAAGCUGGCGGACCAAAGUUUGGACGACGGUCAUUCGUUGUUGGCGCAACAACCUCAGCAACCACAGGCUUCCGCUAGUAACACUCUUGGCAGAAAGAUACCACCGAGGCCGCCGCCGAAGCCUAAGAAGAAGUCUGCCAACGGGCCGACGCUGUAUGAAGACGAGGGCGAAGACGGCACGGAAGUAUGAUACCACGGGCAUCGUCCAUGAGGACGACUGGUCGUAGUACGCCACGAUGGGGUGCGCGCGACCACGCUUACAAUAAACCGGUAGUGCCUUUCGAGACGCGUGACUCACGCGUGCAGAACUUCCACUCCGUUCAGUGAGUCACGCUCAUCCAGAGAAUGAAGAUAGAGAGAGAAAGAGAGAGAGAGAGAGAGAAAGAAAAACACGAGGAAAUUCGGAAAGCCUCCUCUCUUGACGACGGAACUGAUGAACGCAUGGCUCGCUGAAACCGCUGACGAUGACGUUAAGAGGACGUGACGAUCGGACGAUUACAUCACCUGUUCCCUUCCCUCGCCUUUCCUGUAUCUCGUAAGUUAUUUAUUGAAUACUACAAAACGUUCAAACUCGGAGACCAAUGAAUUGCGGUCUGAAUUAUUUUUUGAACGGCCCGAUCGUCAAAAGCCAUCCUUUUUCUGUCCCUCGUCUCCUCCUAUGUAUCUUUUUUUUCCUUUUUUUUGUCAGGUUCCUUUAGGUUUUAUUUGGCGCUCGCCACGCGCGGUGAGGCGAUAACGUGAUAAGUGUGAAUAAGGUUCGGGACAUUACUGCCGGCUUAGUCGAUAAGGCGAAACCUGUUCGCGUUUUGUGUGGAAUUUGGGCGGCGAAACACAAAGCAACUGGAAGCACUGGAUGUAAUUCGUUCUGUUAAAAGCGUUGCCAGUGAAUUCGUCUGCUAUUCGUGUGUCCGCAGUCGAGAAUCGCGAUCGUAAUGAUUCGCGUGUAUAAACGGGAGUGUUGAGAUACAGACAAGAAACAAAACGUUUUGCACACAUGUUACAUUUAUGCGAGAAGCGUAAUGAGAAUUUAACAUUGUUAAGAAUCUAUAUAGCUGUUACACGUCAUCCUGUUUCUUUUUUAAUGUCUGAAUUUCGACGCCUGUAUUGUAGCAAGAUUCGUUGCAUCUGCAAGCAACAUGAAUUCUCUAAGCUUACAUCGAAUGACAUAAUGAUCAGUGUCCCUUCUCCUUCUGUAAGCAUCGUUAAACGCAUACCUCCAGAGCUAUUUCGUGCUCUAUUAGCGAUGUCUGUCAAUAUCUUAAAUCACCGAAAAAUAUUGCUCGUGAUAAUUACAGCAGCAAGUUGACAUAACUUGAUUAUAAAUUAAAUUAAAUUUCGAUAUUUCAUCAACGCGUUAUUGCGAUUAUUAUAUGUGAUGUGUUUUAAAAUACACAAGAUAUAUAUAUAUAUAUAUGUAUAUAUUGAUUGCACGAUGUAAAAUAUUGACAGAUAUUAUUAAUGCAGUACGAAAUAUUCUAACGAUGCCACCUCGUAUUAAAAGAAUAAUAUCUAUUACAGGAAUGUAUAAAUCUAAAAUAGAUGUAAGGGCGAUGACACUCUCGAAUGCAUGUUUAAACUUGCCAGAACAAAUAUAUUACAGAUUACAGAUAAAAUCGUGUACAGCCAAAAGUACAUAAUAUUGACGCGUUUAUUUCUGCUGACGCUCUAACUGUACGAAUAUCGUGAUCUUUGGAAAUUGUAUAAUUAUUAUAAGUGAUCCGAAUUAGCGUUUGCAAAUACGAUCAAUUUGACAUCGUUAUCGAAUUGGUUUCCGCUGCUGCUAUCAUAUUAUAUAUGUAUAACUAUGGAUAACACCUGAAAAUGAUUUAAGGUACGUAUAUCGACAAAUUUAUUUUGGGAUUCCAAAUUAAUUGAACAUUAAGCGCGAUCCUUCCAAUUAGGAACAAUUAUAUUCAUCAAAUAAAUCCGAUCGUUAAUAAUUGAAUAAUUUAAAUAUUGCGCUUAAUAUAACGAACUGCGCGAAAAAGUAUUGAUUACAGCAUAUACAGUUGUGUACGCGUAAACAGCUCGACGGGCAUUGUCGAUCGCGAAUCGUCAAAAAGUCAGCGCGACACGUAGACAAAUGUUAGGUCGACAUGAUUCAAAAAGAUAGCGAUAUUACGAUGUGUCGCGAAACGCGCGAGGGAGCGAGAGACACGGCAUUCCACGCGUUCCCGUUUUUGAGAUACGCUCGAUCGCAACAAUUCUACCAUCGACGACAAUAUAUCGUAAAGAUAGAACGUUCACGCGAGCGAUAUAUCAUCGACGAACGAACGUCGGACUUAUGGUCCCGAAUACCUGAUGGCCGAUAAAUCGUCUCUCCUUGAAGCUAGAAAACAUGUGACUUGUCGAAACGAUUGUCGUGCACACAGGCCGGCGCGCAUUUUUCUUUCGUUGAAGUUAAUGCCGUUUCGACGGCAAACUCAUUCGAGCUCGUUGUUUCGCACUCUUUUUACUUUUAUUUUUUAUCGCGAUUUCCGCAAUAUGAACACAAAUCGCUUUCCCCGCGAUGCCUCCCAUUACCUUCCGCGCUGGUUAAUUCUGUCGAUUUGCCGCUUCCGUUUUUCGCGCGUACCAUCAAGCUGCAAUACAUCGUGAUAAGAAGUGCUUACGUGCUCGCGCACCAACACGGAGAAGCCGCUUCACUUGUAGGUGAUAUUUCACCGGGGCGGGAUAGGUGGAGAACGUUCUUUAACUACGAAUUUAUCGCCAGCGAGCUAGCCCCUCUUUAUGCUUUUGUUACCUUUUUAUCCGGGAGAUUAACGUUCUCGUUCUCUGGCUUUAGCAAGGAUUUCGAACGCGAAUGUAUACAACUUGUUGCGAUUGCGCGCAGCUUUCCGUACCGUGGCAAAGUGCUGAGCAGCGGGAGAAACGUAUUUCCGAUGAGUCCCACGCAAGCUUGACUUACCGCCGAACGAUACUUGAAUCCAAAGGGCACUUUCGAUCAAUCCGAUCCCUGCGUCUCCCAGACGCAAUUUGGGUUAGCGCUAUUCAGGCAGAAUACUGCCGAAUCCUUCUACAUAAAUGCAUCACGCGGGAUCUGUCGCAAUAUACGGAGUAUCUGAAAAGUGGCGCACUUUAUCUCUACCCUAAAUUUGGCAAAUCGAUGAUUUUUUUGCACGCGAUUAUAUGAGAAAUGUCAAAUGAGUUUUUAAUAACUUUCGGACGCAAAUUAAAUUAUCUUCGAUAGCAAAACUUAAAUUGGACGCGUCAUUUGCAUAUGAAGGAUUAGCCUUUAAUAUUUAAUAUCUCAUGUUCUGAGAAAGAAGUCGCAACCUCCUUAUUUCGUGAUAUUACACAAAUUAUAUCAAAUUUAAUUUCGUAAAAUAAAUUUUUUUUUAUCGCCUGCUUUUUUUGGCAUUUUUCCGCUCUCUCUCUGUUUUUUCGUAUUCCGACGACAGUUUCCCGAAUCUGAGAUUUGCGGACGCAUAGUGUGCGACGGUCGCCAAGAAUUAUAGAGCAACGAUAAAACCGGGCUUCGCCCUACAUUGUGCCGAACAGUAUUAAGCGCCCGAUGGCUAUGGCUCGAGCGCGCAAAGAGCCAUUCGGGUGAGACGUAGCGGAAAAAAUAGCGACGCGGUCGUGUUGCCUCGAUUUUUCGUCGUGCCGCUGCGAUCCACAAGCAACGGACUUACAGCAGCAUGUUCCCGUAGUUAUCGCGAGAGAAAAAGAUACGCUACGCGACGCGACAGACCGAGCUUCUCGUAGACUAGAGUGCCAACCGACGGCGAUGAUCUCCACGUUUCUUCCGAAUUUAGCAAACUGAUUACGCGUAGAAUUAUUUCUCCUCUUAGCGUGUGUGAUUUGUGCUCAUCAUUCCGUCCAGCGGCUCGAACGUAUAUCGCAAAGAUGCAUCAUCGAGUGCGCGUGAAAAAUCGAGCUCGCACGAUCGGAGAACGCCGGAACAGUAUUUUAAGCGGCCUAGCAGAGUCGCGGCUCGUCCUGCUCGACCAUCGUGCCGUGCCAUGUACAUACACUCUCUCUUUCUCGAUUGCACCUUAACCGUAAUAAUGUUCAUAUUGUAAAUGCCACACGCGAUGGAAACCCUGCACGGCACGUCCGGUCGUUACGGCGCCACGAGUAUAUUUUUGUAAUUUUGUAUUUUGAAUUGCGCUCUAUCCGACGUCUCACUCGACCCGCGGCUGAUUAAACGGAGAACCUUCCUCAGCUGUCGAUACCGUACACGCGAUCGACCCUCGGAUACGUUUGAUGAGUAACGCGAGACCCACUGGCGCACAUUCCAUUUAACACUAUGGGAAAGCGCUGCGCGCGUCCAACAGUUAACGAAGCGUGUAUACGUCAUACCCGGUAUCGGAAUAAUUUAUUGAUUGUCACCGAGAGUAUCCUGAAUUGCGAUUGCGAAGCGUCUCACUUAUGCGUCCUGCGUCGCGACACCGAUGUUCGACAUCGAUCAAUCACGAAACAUCUAUCUCGUUUAUUUCAAAUGCGGAUCGAUCACAUGUCCUUCCGUACGAAGAUCUUUCUUAAUGGAGAAAUUUCAUUAAUUACACGGCGCUUAAUUAAUUCUUAAUAACGAAAUAAUUGAGCUUCGAACGGUCUUCAAUUUUUCUUUUUCGAACAAAUAAAAUUUAAAUAAAACCCAUUAAAUAUUGCCGCAGCAAUCAAAUACCUACACUUUUCUAUUUGUUUGAAUAACACAAAAGCAGUAAAUUUAUUUUACAUUGGUCUGGAUUUUGUAAAAAUAUUUUUAUUUUGGUUCGCUAAUAGUUUUUAUUUAAUCAUUAUUUCAGAUGUGUAGUUUUUUUUAUUGAUAGGAAGGACAUGUUGUGGCGAAAUAAGGAUUGACACAUUAACCGGGAAAGCGAAAUUAAAAACGUGACUUGGCGCGAGAUCAUUUAAAUAUUUCCGUAAUAGCGCGGUAUACAUAUAUCACGAAUUCUCAGCGCUCAAUUAUCUAUUUAACUGCCACGUCGUUUGCGUGAUAUUUCAAAUAUCGUGCACGCACACUCUCCUCGCUUCCAAUACCCUUCGAUUUGUACGUGCUCGCGAAGUGUAACAGUAAUUUACAUUAAAAUAGGGUAAUUUAUGACUGAUACAAGCAAGCUCAUUUAGGCUGCUCCCAUUUGUACGUGCUGCGCACAGAUGGAGAUUCGGCUCGAUGUGUGUCGAAAUUAUGUAGUAGCGGCGUCAUUUUAGUAAUUUUAACGUAUUCAUAUAUUAUACCGUUAACAGCAUUUAUCUCAUUUUAAUAAUGACGAUUAAUAAAAUUAUCAAAGGCUUUUUAUGGUUUGAAUUACUGAUAAUUGUGUCGAUUAUUAAAAUUAUUCAAUUGUUUUAAAUUGUUUUAAAGCGGAUAGCAGAUUUUGCCUCCAACAUUUUAUAUAUUUAUAUGUACGCAAAAUGACAUGUUAAUUUUAUAAUAUGACGCUUCAACUCUUUGCCAAUGUGCGGUCAAUCGAAGGUACCGUCCAGUAGACCGGUCCAACUUACAAUUUUCCGAGCAGUUAUUUACGUGCAUCUAAUGAGAAUGCUUUUUAUAAAACCCAUGCAUUACUUAGAACACAGUUCAUUGAAUGAGUUCAGAUAGGAAAACCUAAUUAAGUAUUUAUCGCAUUAUGACGAAUAUUUAAAAAAAGAUUAACGUUCUGCAUUUAUCGGAACAUUCCGGGGCAUAAUUUUGUACUCUACAAUUAUAGAACAUAACGUAGAAUUAUUAUUCUUAGCAAAUGCUCCAUUUUUUCCCAAAAAAUCAAAUAGUUUUCUUUAAAAUAAACAAGAAUUUUUUUACAUACAUUUAUCGUGUAUAUACAUUCCUGACGUAUAUAUGUAGAGAUAUUUAGAACAGAUUUUUUGGUUUGCUAUACUGGAUUUUAAAUAAAUUUACUAAUAUUACUUUUAUAGACGUGCAAAAGUAUUCGGUAGAUGACCUAAUUAUUCGUCUCUCAAGACUGACAUUUUUAGAAUUAAAAUACUUCUGGUUUUACACCGGGACUCUGUAAACGCAAUUUUUUCGUUAGUUCUUGACGCGAAAGGAAUUGCAUUUAUACAUAAAUAAUACGCAACGCUAUCGUGCAUUUUGCCCAAGUUAACUUUGGUGCAAAUUACGCUACAUAAAAACAGUUUUUUGUUUAGGAAUUAAUAAUAAGUUAAUCCAACAUGUUUUACGCAUAAAUAUAAAUGAUUAUUUUAAUUAAACAUCGAUUGAACCAAUAAACUCUCGAACUGUGUUCGUUUGCUUUUAUAAUUCGUUACGAAACGAUCGUUACUUAAUUGCGUAAACUAAGUCUUUUGCAUUGCGCAAGAAUCGUUGUUAAAACUGCCUAACUGCCAUGCCAAAAUGGCGCGAAAUCACGACGAAAAAAGACGAAUGUACCGCUCAUAAAAAAGAUCGAAUAAGCACACACAAAGUAUCGCACGAAACGCGAAUUACGUCG